AUGCCUUCUACAAUCACAAAGUCGCUCGUUCUCCUCCUGUGUACCUUUUUGGGCCUUGUUUGCGGUACCUUGUAUCUAUACUCGUCUUACUCGCCCCAGUUGGCCCAAAGACUCAACUACCUGGCUACAGACUCUUCCUUGAUAGCACUCUGUGGAUCACUAGGUGUUGCCGUGACGGGACCCGUGGCUGGAGUUGUUGUCGACCGCAAGGGAUACUCGGUCAGUUUGUUCAUAGGCGGAACUUCCAUCUGUUUGGCGUAUUAUGGCCUCAAACGGCAAUACUCCCAGGCCUUGUCCAGCUUAUGGUACCUGUGCUUCUUGCUAUUUAGCGUGGGACUGGGGUCCACCUUCAUCAAUUCAGCAUGCCUCAAAUGCUGUGCCGUGCUGUUUCCCAAUAUCAGAGGCGUGGCCACGUCGCUCCCUUUGGCAUUGUACGGCUUGUCGGCGAUGUUUUACUCCGUCGUCGCGUCCGUGUACUAUCCCGGUGAUACCUCGGGCUUUCUCGGCUUCUUGAUUUUGUCUGUGGGCGUGAUAACCGUCAUCUGCUCGCCGCAAUUGAUGCUUUGUGACUUUAGAGACUUGCUGCCGAAGCGCCACAGAGCCAGCAACUCCGAGAUCAUCCAAUUGACUACGAUCGGACAAAAAAUUGACUCUGAGCCAAUCAAGUACCACGGCCUCCAUCAUAAUUCAGAGCUCUCCGGUUUCGAGUUGCUACGAAACCCCCGCUUUUGGCUCCUUUUCAUUGCCACUGGCGCUUUUGCAUCGCUAGGCCAAAUGUACAUCUACACCGUCGGCUAUAUGGUCAAGGCAUUGGUCACCAACACGUUCACGACGCCGGUUGACCCUACUGCAGAGUACGUCCCCAUGGAGGUCGUCAUCCAGCAGGAACAGCAGGUUCAAGUGGGCCUUUUGUCUGUCGCCAAUUGUGUGGGCCGCCUUCUGGCCGGCAUUUUAGGUGACAUUAUUAGUCAGAGUUUCAGGAAACCCCGUGGAUGGCUUUUGUUUAUCCCCGGCAUCGGCCUUGUGGCAACACAGAUCAUGGGCUUGAGUAUCACCGAUCCGCAUAAUCUAGAGUGGGCCUCCAUGCUUCAGGGCUUUUUCUACGGUUUCACGUUUUGCAUAAUGCCAAUUAUCGUCGGAGAUGUUUUCGGAAUGGAGAACUUCUCAGGAAACUGGGGUCUCGUGGGAAUGUCCCCGAUCGUCCCUUCCUUCUUCUUCACCAACCACUUUGGUAAGGUUUACGACAGACACACUGUCAUGUCCGAAUUGGGGGUGACAGUUUGCAGUCUUGGCAACGGUUGCUACAGACAGGUGUACAAGCUCACAUUAGGCGUCAGCGUUUUGGCAAUUCUUGUUGUGGCGACAUUUAAUUUUGGCGAACGCUACCUUGCAAGCCGCUCUCUAUACCAGAAACGAGCCGGCAUCAAGCCCGAGAAGCAGUAG